GUGCGCGAUGCAUUGCUCAUAAAAAUACGCGUCAAACUGUUUGACUUAAACAUCGGCUAAGUUUGUACUCCUGUAACAAAAACUGAGUCCUUGCCAUAGACUCCUUGGUAGUGGUAUUUGUUUAAAUUUUAGAAGAAAAAACGGGUUAAAAUUAAAAGUUUUAAAUUUACCGCCAUUUUAAAUAAAUGUCAAUAUUGGCAACUAACCAUUGUUGAUACGUACCAAACAGAAAUUUAUCAUUCUUUCCUUCAUGCUAUUUUAUUAGUGGGUUCUUAAUAGUUUUCUAAUUACUUAUAUUAAUAUACAAUUUAAGUGUGUUGCUAUAAAAUAUUGCAAAUAAAAAUGUCCAAAAAGGAGUAUGAGAGAAAACAACGCGAAGAUCAAGAAGCAGCUGCUCAUGUAUUUCAAGAUUUCAUUACCACUUUUCAAAGUAAUUCGACAGCACCCAAUAAAACUUUUGUUAAGUCAGGUAUUUUGUACGGAGAAAAAAAUAUUAUUGAAAGUGAAUCUGGAAAAUUGUAUAAUCCUCAACCUGUUAUUAAAUCAACUUCUAGCAGCAUAUUAAAAAACGCUGUUGAAUGUGCCAAAAUAUUAAAAGAUAAUAAAUUAGAUAGAAUUAAAAAACAUGACAAACCAAAAUCAAAUUUGGAAUUGCUUAAAGAAGAAUUAAAACUACGACAUAAAGAGCGAGACGGCCGAGUAAAACUUAAAGUUGAUAUUAAUCCACCAAUUAAUUAUCCAGACGGCGAAGAUCCGAAUUCGACCAAUUUAUUUGUAGCAAAUCUGGGUCCCCGUGUGACAGAAAAUGACCUAAUGCUUUUAUUUGGAGUUUACGGGCCUUUAGCGAGUGUAAAAAUUAUGUGGCCAAGAGGGGAAGACAAGACGAGAAGUCCUAACUGUGGAUUUGUGGCAUUUAUGAGUAGAAAAGACGCUCAAAGAGCUUUAAAUAAUCUAAAGCAUAGAGAAGAUAUGCGUGUAGGUUGGGGUAAAUUUGUAGAAGUACCUCAACACCCUAUGUAUAUCCCUAACAGCCUAUUAAAAAUGUAUUUGCCUCCCCCAGCGUCAGGAUUGCCUUUUAACGCCCAGUCAAUUAGAAAAAACAACGAAAAACCUACCAAUGUAGAUGACUUACAAGAAAUUCUUUUUAAUUCCACAGUUAAAGUAACUAUUCCCUUCGACAAAAAAGUUCUUGUUUUAGUUCAUAGAAUGGUGGAAUUCGUUGUUACCGAAGGACCAAUGUUUGAAGCCAUGAUCAUGAAUAAAGAAAUAAAUAAUCCUGAUUUUAAUUUUCUUUUUGAUUAUCAAUCACCUAUACAUAUUUACUAUAGAUGGAAACUAUAUUCAAUAAUGCAUGGCGAAAGUACAAAAAAUUGGAGCAUGAUACCUUUUAGAAUGUAUAAGGAUGGACCCAUAUGGAUUCCACCAACUGCGCCAAAUUAUUCGGAUGGAAUGCCUGAUAGUUUGUUUAUUAUGGAUAAUGUUAUAGACAGAACUCAACUUUCACAAGCACAAUUUAAUAGGCUUCAUUUUAUUUUAAGAAAUCUGACAAUAACACGUGCAAAAAUUAAUGAAGGGAUGUUAUUUUGUUUAAAUCACCCUGACGCUAUAAAUGACUCAAUAAGUUUAAUUAUUGAUUCUAUGAAAGGAACUCAUACAUCCCCAGUGAAACAAAUCGCCAGACUAUAUAUUUUAUCAGAUGUAAUUAGGAACUGUUUUACACAAAAUAUUAAACCUAAAAUACUUAAUGAAGACAUUGAUGAGAUGUUUAUUCUUUUUGAAAACUUACAUUCUACCAUGGCAAAUUUAAAAUCAGAUAUUGAUAUUAAACAUUUUAAAUCUCGCGUUUUGAAAAUAUUAUAUUGCUGGGACACAUAUAAAUAUUUUUCUUUAGGAGUUGUUAAAAAGAUGGAAAAUAAAUUUCUUUCCGUUAACUUGCCAAAUAUUCAGUCCCUUCCCGAUAUAGAUGAAGAUGCUUCCAGUACCGAUGAACCUUUAGAUGGAGCCAGCCUUUUGAAACGUUCUUUAAAAAAUAAAAACGAUAAUUGCAUUAUACCACCAAUCGUCAAUACUCGAAGUAAAACACAAAUGUUUUCAUCAGAAUGCUUUGUGGCCUCAAAAUGGGAUACAAUUGAUCCUGAAGAAGUCCAAGCUCAAGCGAUGUCGACUGAAAAAUUAUACUUUCUUGAAAUGGAGAACAAACCUGAAAAGGAUGUUAAAAAUAAGGAAAAUUCAAAAGAUGAGAUGUCCCAUACAUCAAGAGAACAUAAAAAAGGGUAUAAAGAUGAAAAACAAAGAAAAACACAUGAUCAUCAUAGAAGAAGACACAGUCGCAAAUAG